ACAUCACUUAUCCACAACACAUCCAUUCACAUGAGAGGGAGAGCUACUUCCAGAGUUGAGUCAGAGCCGGACCGGAGGAACACCACUGCUCCUCGCUGAUAUUUGCAGAGACGAGCUUUCAGAGAAAAACAAACAAACAAACAAACAACAAAAGUUCACAAUGAUCUGUUUCAUUCCUGUUUUUGGGGUGAUUCUCACUUUGCAUCAGAUCGGGAAGAAUCCUGCCAGCGCUGGGAUGUGCUGGCUGCAGCAGAGUCAGGACCAAAGGUGCGACAUGGUGCUGAUGAGAGGGGUGACCCGGGAGGAGUGCUGUGCCGGCGGCCGCCUGGACACAGCGUGGUCCAACAGCAGCCUGCCCAUGAAUGAGGUCAGCCUGCUGGGCUUCCUGGGAAUCGUCUCCUGUAAACGCUGCAAAGACACUUGCGAGGGAGUGAGGUGCAGCCCUGGGAAGGUUUGUAAAAUGAAGGCGGGGAGGCCCCAGUGCGUGUGCUCUCCGGACUGCUCUCACAUUACCCGGAAGCACGCUGUGUGCGGCAGCGACGGGAGGUCGUACAAGGACGAGUGUUCCCUGCUGACGGCCCGCUGCAUGGGGCACCCGGACCUGGAGGUCAUGUACCAAGGAGACUGCAAAAAGUCCUGCUCCAACGUGGUGUGUCCCGGUACGCACACCUGCGUGACCGACCAGACCAACAGCGCUCACUGCGUCAUGUGCCGCACGACUCCGUGCCCGAUCCCCAUGCCGUCCGAGCAGGCGCUGUGCGGCAACGACAGCGUCACCUACCCGAGCGCCUGCCACCUGCGCCGGGCCACCUGCUUCCUGGGCCGCUCCAUAGGAGUCCGCCACUUCGGCCACUGCAACAGUCCCCCUCGGAAAGCUCAAGACUUCGAAGGCAGCGAGGAGAACGCGGUCUAGGGGGGUACGACUCCCGACGCGGUCCGAGUCGGGAUCGACAAAACAUUUCCACGUGUCACACCACUAGCUUCCCAUGAUGACCUCUUUUUAUUUUUGACAAUCACUCCCCCCCCCC